AUGUCGGCUCAGGCUCUGCAGGAACAUUUCCGUGGAAACAGCAAGACCCGAGAAUUCCCGGCACAUAGCGCCAAGGUGCACUCGGUGGCCUGGAGCUGUGAUGGGCGCCGUCUCGCCUCUGGCUCCUUCGACAAGACGGCCAGCGUGUUUGUUCUGGAAAAAGACCGACUGGUAAAAGAACUUAAUUACCGUGGCCAUGGAGACAGUGUGGACCAGCUGUGUUGGCACCCCUCAAACCCAGAUCUCUUUGUCACUGCUUCAGGAGAUAAGACAAUCCGCAUAUGGGAUGUCCGAUCUGAAAGGUGUGUCACAACUGUUACAACAAAAGGUGAAAACAUAAAUAUCUGCUGGAGCCCAGAUGGUCAGACUAUUGCAGUAGGCAAUAAGGAUGAUGUAGUCACUUUUAUAGAUGUAAAAACCUACCGUCCCAAAGCAGAGGAACAGUUCAAAUUUGAGGUCAAUGAAAUCUCUUGGAACAAUGAUAACAAUAUGUUCUUCCUCACAAAUGGAAAUGGCUGCAUCAACAUUCUGAGCUACCCAGAGUUAAAGCCAAUUCAGUCAAUCAAUGCACACCCAUCCAAUUGCAUCUGCAUAAAGUUUGAUCCUACAGGGAAAUAUUUUGCCACAGGCAGUGCUGAUGCCCUGGUCAGUUUAUGGGAUAUAGAAGAGCUAGUGUGUGUACGAUGCUUUUCACGUUUGGAUUGGCCUGUGAGAACACUAAGUUUCAGCUUUGAUGGAAAAAUGUUGGCGUCUGCUUCUGAGGAUCAUUUCAUUGACAUCGCCCAUGUUGAAACAGGUGAAAAGUUGUGUGAAGUUCAGUGUGAGUCUCCCACUUUCACAGUGGCCUGGCACCCUAAGAGAUAUAUUCUGGCCUUUGCUUGUGAUGACAAGGAUGGCAAGUAUGACAGCAGCCGUGAAGCUGGCACUGUGAAGUUGUUUGGUCUACCGAAUGAAUCUUGA